CUUUUUGAUAAUAAUUCUUGUGAAAGCAUUUGGGAUUUUUUUUUAAUUUUAAAGGUUCGCCCUUGUCCCACGGAACCCCGGUACUAGCGAGCCGGGAGCAGUGUUAGUUUAGGACCUUCUCCACACGGACUGAAGAAUUGCGGGGUUUUCAUCUUUUGUCCCAAAAGCGCCCAGUGAAAAAUGAUCGCAAAGUUUCUGAGCAGAUUUGCGCCCGAGUGCAAAGGGCGCUCUGGAGAGCCGGGCGAAGUUCUUCCACACGAUGCAAACUUGUUAAAGGUGCUCGUCUUUCUCCCGGUCAUCCUGACGUCCCGAGGAGCUUCCACAUCCCCGAUUUUGAAAGUGGGAUUAGGAAUUUUUUCACCAUUUUACUCGAUGGAGCUUAAAUCGAGGGAGGACAUGAGCGAGACUCUGCCGCUUCUGAAGGAAUUAUCUCCCCAGCGACCCUGUUCAUCCGGAGGGGCUUCGUCCUACGUGCUGUACGGUAGCCUGCCAUGUGCAGACGUUACAACGAGAAAGCUGGAACUUUGGCACUGUCACCCUCAUCAGCUGUCUGGAAAACACAGGCUUGUGGAUCAGCAGAUAGCUCGUCAGAGGCUAUAUGUGGCUUCUGUUGUCUGCUUCGUAUUUAUAAUUGCUGAAGUGAUAGGUGGAUACAUGGCUCGGAGCCUGGCUGUCAUGACUGAUGCUGCUCACCUCUUGACCGAUUUAGCCUCUAUGCUCCUUAGCCUGUUUGCACUGUGGCUUUCUUCACGACCUGCAACAAAAACCAUGAACUUUGGUUGGUACCGUUCAGAGAUUCUAGGGGCUCUGUUCUCUGUGCUAUCCAUCUGGUUGGUAACCGGAGUACUGGUGUACCUGGCAACAGAGCGACUCAUUUCCAAGGAGUAUGACGUUGAUGGGGCAGUGAUGCUGGUCACCUCAGGAUGUGCUGUUGGCAUCAACAUUUUAAUGGCCAUCAUCCUUCAUCAGUCUGGUCACAACCACAGCCAUGGGCAUACGAGAUCACAUGACCUAGAAUCCAACCCCCAGGGGUUAAAGGUCAGCGCCCGGACAAACCCCAGUGUACGAGCAGCCUUCAUCCACGUAGUGGGAGACUUGUUGCAGAGUUUUGGGGUUUUGAUUGCUGCUUACAUCAUCUAUUUUGAGCCUGAAUAUAAAGCUAUCGACCCUAUCUGUACCUUCCUCUUCUCCUUAUUGGUUCUUGGCACUACCUUCUCCAUCCUGAGAGAUGUCCUUCGUGUAUUGAUGGAAGGUACUCCGACAGGAAUGGAUUUUAGCCACGUAAAAGAGACUCUCCUGUUAAUCGAUGGAGUGAAAGCGGUGCACAGUCUCCAUAUCUGGGCACUGACCAUGAACCAGCUGGUUUUAUCGGUUCACAUUGCCACCAAUGAAGAGGCGAAUGCACAGGUUAUUUUGGCUGAAGCUAACCAAGUGCUCCAAAGCAAGUUUGAUUUCCACUCGAUCACUAUUCAGAUAGAGAGCUACUCUGAUGAUAUGAUCAACUGCAGGGAAUGCCAGGAGCCGAGAGACUAGCAGCCCGCUGCUUGGAAUCCCACCAGUAUGUCUGAUAGAGUCGCCUUCUCUGACCACAUGUGGAAAAGUUGCAUGGGGGCGAGAGGAUGUGAAAGGUUUUCACCACACACAUCACCCAAAUACCAUGUUUGCAUGUUCAAGGGUUAGGCUCUUGUAAACAAAGGGCAGCUAUAAACAAAAAUGUGAAAUUAUUUGAGUGAGAACAUCAAUAUUUGGUGAGGUGGCACUAGAAGGGAUAAACCCAAAAAUGUGCUCAUGUCCUUUGGGGAAAUGGAAUUAAGCUACACCACGUGGAUAUACAGUAUGUUUUGUGCAUCAUGGCAAAGUGACCACAUUAAAGGGAGAUUAAUACUGCCACUUUCUAAAGGUUAUUGUUAAUAUUCAAUGUUGGGAUCAAACUGCUUAUUCAUAUGAGACCUCUUCAUGUAAGUUUUUGCUUAAAAAUAAACAUUUUCAAAAUUUGUA